AAUGCGGGAGUCCGGAGUGAGCAUGGAGUCGAGCCUGACGGUUUUCCGAUCUCAAAAAACAGUCAUUGUGACAGAUAAUACAAGAUUCACGCGAAGAGGGGAAAAAGACAGCGUCUCUACGGCAAGCGGCGUCUGCUGACUCUUUUGAACCCCAUCACCAUGUCUCAGACUGCCAAGUCCACCUCCAACCAGGGCACUGAUGCCAAGGACAAGGGAACUCCUGCCCCUGCUCCCUCCAGCAAGGCCACCAAGACUGGAGAUCCCGCCAUGGGUAACUACAGAAUCAUGCUGUUUGACCAGGAGAACUUCCAGGGCAGGAUGAUGGAGGUCCAGAAUGAGUGCAUGAACGUUUGUGACCGUGGCAUGGACAGAGUCCGCAGUAUCAUUGUGGAGUGCGGCCCCUUUGUUGCCUUUGAGCAGACUAACUUCCGUGGGGAGAUGUUCAUCCUGGAGAAGGGAGAGUAUCCUCGCUGGGAUACCUGGUCAAACAGCUACCGCAGUGACUGUCUCAUGUCCCUCAGGCCCAUCCGCAUGGACCCCAUGGAGCACAAGAUCUGCCUGUACGAGUUUCCUGACUUCCAGGGCAACAAGAUGGAGAUCCAGGAGGAUGAUGUCCCUACCCUCUGGGCGCACGGUUUCUGUGACAGAGUGGGCAGCGUGAGAGUUCCUGGUGGAGCUUGGGUGGGAUACCAGUACCCUGGCUACAGAGGCUACCAGUAUCUGUUUGAGUGCGGCGACUACAGACACUACAAUGAGUUUUGUGCCUUCCAGCCACAGAUUCAGUCCAUGCGCCGUGUGAGGGACAUGCAGUUCCACCAGCGCGGUUGCUUCACCUUGACCGCUGCUAAACAGUGAAACAGUCCUCCUACAGACCUGUGGCAGAAAAACUAGCCUUCUCAUGGCGCUUUUUAUCCCCUCUCCCAAACCUUCCCUCUGACUCUCCCUGAGAAUAGAUUGAUAUAAAUUGUACCAGACAUCUGACUCUCUUUUUAUGAUGCCAAUAAUAAACAUGUUUUGGAAAAUUGA